UGCACUUUCUAACCAAUAAAUUUGAAACGUUAUUUUUACGUUCUUAAUAUUGUAUUUUUAAAAAUGGCUGCCCUUGGUCAUUGUGGUGAAGAUUGCGCCCAUAAGCAUGAAGAUCCGGAAAAAGGUGUUCUGUAUAGUUUAUAUACGAAAAUAAUUAUUGACAAUUUGGAAUGUCUUAACGAAUCUGUCGAAGGUGCUGGAAAAACAGUGUUCAAACCGUGGAUUGAACGUUUAGAUACGGAGCGAUUUGUAGAGUCUGAUGUAGACGAGGAACUGCUCUUCAACAUACCUUUUUCGGGGCAUAUAAAAUUGAAAGGAAUUAUUGUGAUAGGUGAUGACUCAGAAAGUCAUCCUUCGAAAAUGAGGCUUUUUAAGAAUCGUGAUGCUCUGACAUUUGAUGAUGUUGCUAUAGAAGCUGAUCAAGAGUUUGACCUUCAGAAAGAUAUUCACGGAAAUGUGGAGUAUUUCACAAAAAUUGCAAAAUUUCAAAAUGUGCAUCAUUUGGGCAUUCAUUUUCCUAGUAACUUUGGUGAUGAGAAGACUCGUAUUUAUUACAUAGGAUUGAAAGGGGAGUUUGCCGUAGCACCAAAGCAAGAAGUUGUCAUAUGCAACUAUGAACUAAGACCGAAUAUAAGUGAUCAUAAAAAUCCCUUAUCAGAUGAUAAUAAUCACCCUUUAAUGUAGGUUUAAACUAAUAAUCAUUUAGCUAUAUUUACUACAUUUUUUACUUUUACUAAAUUUGUUCAAUAUGGAUGAUUAAUUUUGUAACCCAUGUGUUUUGUUACCUUUAUUUACUAUAAUUUUGUAAGGAUCAUUUCGGUUCAGUGAAUAUAAGUUU